AUGAAAUCUCUUUUCACGGCCAAAAACUUUGCCGAAACUCGUCGUCCGGUCUAUGUGAUUGCUAGGGCGCUGGGUUUAGUGUCGUUCUCGGUUGAUUUCGAGCAGCUAACGAUUCGGCGCACGUUUCGCGAUGUACUGUUCUUCGUUGCUUUGUUGGUUCUAAACAGCUAUCUUGUGAUUCAAACGAGCCUAGCACCGUUUGACAGAGAGCGAACGAUCCUCAACUCGGCGCUGAUCGAGUUUAUUCUUAAUCUCUUCAUAAGACUCCAGGAGCUGGCAGUGAUCGGUGUUCCGAUAGUGAACUACUUGAAUGCCUACAACUACAACCGCUUCAUUCGGAUGAUAGUGGACGUUGAUAAUGGGCUCGAACGGCUGGGCUACAAGCAUAACUUUGACCGCGAGGUGCGCAGCUCCGCCCUCUAUCUGCUAGUGUCUGUGCUCAUCCAGAUCGGUUGCCUGUCCGGAACGAUCAUAUCGAACCCGUUCCAAGCGGACUAUCAAACAGGACACAACUCGAUUGUUGUAGUAACGUUUUUCAUCGCGAAUCUCGUGUUCAUCACGAGUACCUUCUAUUGCUGCGAGUCGCUCUGGGCUGUCGUCUAUCGUUAUCACAAACUCAACGUAACAUUCGGCUUGUAUUUUCAUACAAAACCUCCCUCAGACGGAAAGAAGCUGCUGCCGUUGGAUGAAAAUGAGACGAUUAAAUCGUUUGGCGCUCUCUACGCUAAAUUGGGUGCCGCGGUUCUGCUGUUCAACUGGUGCUUCUUUACAUACAUCCUUUAUGUACUAGGAAGUGCGUUUGGAUUGAAUUUAGUCUGUUUCUUCUCGAUCGCACACGUCUACCUAUCGAUGGAUGAGGUGGCACUUUCCACUUCUUCUAAUUCGGUCAUGGUUGCGCAGUUGUGUUUGAGUAUCUUUUAUCUUAUGGUCAUAUUACAAUUUGUGUUCGCUGGUAGCUUGUUGCACAAAAAGGCCAAAGAAACUGCAGUGCUUCUACAUAAAGCCGUCAUCUACAAUGAGUGCAGUGCCUUGGUAUUGGAACAGUUACGCUCGUUUUCCGUACAGCUGUCGCAUCAAACCCCUAAAGCAUCGUGCUAUUUCUUUGACAUUGAUUGGAGUUUUCUUCUUGCAAUGAUUUCCACCUUCGCCACCUACCUCAACAUUUUGGUGCAGUUUGAUAUUAUGCAGAUUAGAGCAAAACGAUCUGGAGCAAAUCAAACAGGUUUGCCGUUAAUUGACGAUGAAUAG